AUUUAUUCUCCUAAUGACAUACAACCUCUGGAAUCAACUUCGAAAUUUCAUAACAAAAUUGAUUUUUUAUUCCUUUGAAUCCUAAUCUCAGUGGUUAUUUGAAAAGAUCAAACGUUCAUUAUUUUUUGGUUGAAUUCCCCUAAUAUUCAACCAAAUUUAUGAAAAUUUCACUGAAAUUUCAGGCUACAUGGUAUAUAUUAGAUACAGAAGUCCCAUAAGUGUUGGAAGUCUGAGUUGAGGAGUUCAGAACUCAAGAUCGUGAUUUUUACUCUGGAUUGCGGUCUCCUCACCCCUCAAUUUCAUGGCUGACCAGAUCAUGGCUGAAGACCACCACCACCACCAUCAACACCGCCCUCACCGCCUCUCAGUCCCUCCACGCGCCACCUCAAGACCCUCUUACCCUCUCUUCUCGUAUCCUCCGACGACCCCAACACCAACUCCGUCCAAACAUCGCCUCUCCUCUCUCUCUACCCUCAACAGAUCAACCCACAAAAGAACCACUCUCUCUUUCCUCUUCCUCCUCCUCUUCUCUCUUCGCUCUCUCUACUCUCUCCUCCCUUUCAUCCGCUCCUCCCCUUCCUCUUUCUCUCUCUUCCCUUUCUCUUUCCUCGUCUCUCUCUUCUCUUUCCUCCUCACCCUCGCUUUCUCUCUCUUAACCCACUCGUCUUCCUCCAAAGACCCUUUCCGACAGAAGCAAAACCAACCCUUUUUCUCUCUCACCAUGAUUUCCCAAUCCCAGCGCAGGCUUCUUGUUGCCAAAUCUCUCCUUCUCGCUGUUGUCUUCCUCCUCCGAUUCCAAGCCCUCCGGUACUGCGGCACUGCAGCAAUGAUUCUGGCUGAAUUGGCCGGAAACGUUUCGGCCAGGUUCAUCGCCGAGGGCCAUUCUCGCAAUUCUGAUCGAGUUGGAUUGUCCAAGGUUCGUGGGUUCUUCGCUUUGUUUCUUGGGUUGUUUUUGUUAUCGAUUAGUUGGGAUCGAAUUGAGUGCUUUCCUUUGUCUUCUGUGAAUGUUGAUACAUUUGGAUUUUCUAUGCUUCCAAGUCAGAAUUGUGUUAGGUUAUGGCCAAUGUUGCUUCCUUUUCUUUCUGGGUUUCUGGGGUGUUAUGAGCGUGUUUCCAUGAAUUGGGGGUCUAUUAGGGAACUGGGUCGAAAACGGGUUCGAUUGAUUUCUCUGUUUUUCACAACAGUUGUGCUUUUCAUUCCUGCAGUUAUUAGUAUGUUCAUGUUUGAAGCUGAGGGAGAUAGUAUCUCUAUUGCAAGUUUAGGUUGGCCUUUGGCUAAUACUGUUUUGUUUGGGGUACUUUUGACUGAGAAUUACAGUGAUGAGAAAUUAGUAGGUUCCAAAGAUUUCCAAAAGGAGUUCCUUGUCACCUUUGUCUGUACACUUGUGUUGGAGCUGUUCUAUUUCCCCGAGCUUUCGCUUUGGGGAUUGUUGAUUUGUGGUUCCUUGCUUGGUGUCUCUGUUAGGGAACUGGAUCCUAUAUAUUCAGAUUAUCUUGAAUUGGGAUUACAGUCCUCGGAAUCGCUUACCACCAUAAUUAUGAAACCUAUUCGUCACAUUUUGAGUGAAAGAAAGUCCCGUAAAAUUGCACUUUUCCUGUUGAUCAACACAGGUUACAUGUUUGUGGAAUUUGUUGCUGGGUUCAUGAGCAAUAGUCUCGGGUUGAUAUCAGAUGCCUGUCACAUGCUGUUUGAUUGUGCAGCUCUAGCAAUUGGAUUGUAUGCUUCAUAUAUUUCACGGUUGCCUGCAAACAGUCAGUUUAAUUAUGGUCGUGGAAGAUUCGAGGUUCUUUCUGGUUAUGUCAAUGCGGUUUUCUUGGUUCUGGUUGGAGCACUAAUUGUGCUGGAGUCACUGGAGAGGAUUUUGGACCCUCAGGAAAUUUCAACUAAUAGUCUGUUGACAGUUUCUAUUGGAGGGCUUAUUGUGAAUAUGGUUGGCUUGAUCUUCUUUCAUGAAGAGCAUCAUCAUGCCCAUGGUGGAACUGGAUCUUGUUCACAUUCCCAGUCACACCACCAUCCUCAUUCACAUGAUCACCACCACCAUCAUUCACAUAAUCACCACCACCAUGAUUUGCAUGACCACGGUGGACUUAAUCAUGAAGUUCAGAGUAAUCAUCACGAAAAUACAGCUGUUUUGCAUGAAAAAUCGUGUUCUGGCCACAAUGACCGAUGUCGUGAUAAUCAUGAACACCAUGACUCUAAUCACCAUCAGAACACUGACAAUACAGAGAGCCACAAAACAACAAGUGGUAGUUUGCAUGGCCACGAUCACCAUGACCAUGUUCACCAACAUGACCACCAUGACUCUCAUCACCAUCAUCAUCAUGCUGACCACCUUGUCCAUAGAAGCGUCCCUGAUAGUUCUUCAAGAAGCUCGCAUAGCCAUUCCCUUGAGCUUGAAGUUCAUAGAGGGGGAGAUUCUCAUGGCCAAAGAGACCCUCACACCCAUGUCCACAAUUCAGAUUUUAAAGAUCAUUCAUCUUCAGAAAAUAGCGGUUCCCAAAAUAGAGAACUGUCUUCUGGAAGAGAGGGACCACAAAGGCAUCACCACCACCACAUUGACCACAACAUGGAAGGCAUCUUCUUGCAUGUUCUUGCAGACACCUUGGGAAGUGUUGGGGUUGUUAUUUCAACCCUCUUAAUUAAGUACAAGGGAUGGCUUGUUGCAGACCCUGCGUGCUCAAUAUUUAUUUCUGUAUUAAUAGUAUCUUCUGUGAUACCAUUGCUCAGGAACUCUGCAGAGGUUUUGCUUCAAAGAGUCCCUAGGGCUCAUGAACAGGACCUAAAGGAAGUUCUGAAUGAUGUUAUGAAGAUAAAGGGGGUAUGUGGCAUUCUGAACUUGCAUGUAUGGAGUUUUACAAAUGCAGAGGUUGUGGGGACUCUUAAUCUUCAUGUUUCAGCAGAGGCAGAUAAGGCUUGUGCAAAGGCAAAUGUGUUGCACAUAUUGCAUGAUGCUGGGAUCAAGGAUUUGACGGUGCAGGUGGAAUGUGUCAAGCCUCAAGAAUAAAGCAUUCUGACCUACAUUUCACUUUUUUGAAGUGUUUAGAGGAGAAAAAAAUUGCUCUUCAAUUUUGAGAAAAACUUUGCUUAUGAUGAGCUCUUUCAAAAAUGCUACUGAUGUCUACAGAUGUGCUAUUCAAAUGGUUCUCCAGAUCAUUGUUCUUUGGAUUUGAAUUUGAACAAAAUUCAAGAGUGGUUACAACCCCUUUUGGAUUUUGUCAAGCAUCAGUAUCUAUGGUGGAAACUCAUGUUUGCUAUGUGUAAUAUCAUUGUGCAUCUUCACUGUGAGUGACUAAGGAUUAGCUUUCUUAUUGAAUCAGUCAGAGAAUGGGUAAAGAAACAUGCAGGUGGUGCUGACUUAUUUGGGUGCUGUACCAGCAACAACUGCCGAAGAUGUUAAAAUUGCAGUUGAUACUGCUCAAAGAACUUUCUUCAGGAACAAAGGAAACAAUAGGGAUACUGCUUCUGGUGCUGUUUUUGCAAACCAUUGCUGCAGAGAUUUGGAGGAAGGAAGUUUCUGGUCCUCUUUAAUGCGUUAAAUUAAUUAUGAAUGAAGAUGAAGCCAUUGAACUAACAAAUGACAUGUAGUAAGUUGCUAGUAUUCUGAUAUCUGUUUAAAAGAUGAAAAUUGUCUGAAACUUUAGUCCGUAGAUAUAAAGAUCAUAGUUAGUUGAUACGUUUGUUCUUGCUCCUCAGUUUAUGGCUUGAGAACUGCUGUAAUUUUCAAGGAUCUGGAAAGAUGUGACCGCUUGACCGAGGUGAAAUCAAAAAAAAAAAAAAUGCAAUAAUCGGAAAUAAGAUAUAACGAGGCGCUAAGAUUAUAACUAUUCUUUGUGGUUCCCAAUGUGUUACUUUCUAAGAUUAUAACUAUUCUCUUGUGGUUCCAAUGUGUUACUUUCUUACUUUGUUGUUAUGAAAAUAUGGCCACGGAUUCUUUGCUAACAAAACCUGAAUAUAAAUGUUGCUGAAUUUUGUUUGAAUAAUAAAAAGAAAUUAUAUUAUGCCAGUUUAGGAUAGAUGGGAUUACGUCUAUAUCUGGUCCACUGGCAGCCAAUGCACAUGCUGCCAUUAAAAAGUGACUUGAUAGUAGGAAUUCCUUAUGGGGCGGAGUUUAUGAUGGCCUAAUGUGCAUAUACUAUGAAUAAUAAUGCAUUUCCAAAUAUGGAGCCAUGUCUAAUGAAAAUUGGAUGCCAGACAGCAUAUGGCUGUAACUUUUUUUAUAAAUCACAUGAAAACACAUUCACACACAGUAUCAUAGGUGAAAUAAGUAUUCAAGCAGAGGCAUUUAGUCCAUAUCGUGGUAGAACUCUUGUUUAAUUGAUGUUAUCUUUUCCAGGGGCUUUGAAAACUACUCAUAAGCGUGAAGCAAGUCAGAUGGUACAUCUCUUGAGAGCCAAGGGAGUGGUCUCCUCCUCCCCGAAACAGUAAAUAAUCCGAAACAUUUCAGAAGCAGAGUCAAUAUAAGAUUGUGUACCCUUACUUGAUCUGGAUACAUUUGUAAUUUUUUUUAUUUAUGGGCGAAAUUGAGAUUUUUUAUUAUUAUUAUUAUUUUUUUUUUGUUUGGUGUGGGGGAAUGUGAAUGUAAUAAACAUGUCACAUUGUUAUGAAUUGUAUGUAUGAUACUGGAAAU